GUCAGGCAGUGCGAAACAUAAAUAAAGCGUAUUAAUUUUACAAUAAUCAUGACUUAAUACUCAAAGCUAAACUGAUAAAAUGAAAAAUUCCGUGUAAAAACGUUACUGCCACUUAAAUAUUUUGUUUUAUUAAUGACAUUAUGGAUGGUUUAAUUCACGCGGCACUGGAAGCAGAGGUAAUACUUGACCGGGCUAAACAUGUGAAUAAAAACUUGACUCAGUUUGACAGUGGUGUCUCAGAUCAUAAAAUGACUUGGACUGAUGAAAAGAUGCAUUUAGCAGAAACUGUUGAUGAUUCUAGGAUGAAGUUUCAACGCAAUUCGACUAGUUCCGCUGGCAAGUCUACCGAAAAGUUUGAUCUUUUCAAGAAACUUCAUAAGUUGUACAAUGAGCUGAGCAGUGAUGAGUCUCAGGCCAACUUUCAAGGCCUGAAGACAACAUCAUAUCUACUAGAGAAGUUACUAGCAACAUAUAAUCUGAACACAUUGAUAAUCAAUUUGUAUCCAGGAAACAAAGGGUAUUCACUUUCUUUUAAGGCCUCGUCUAGUCAAGAUGAAACUUUGAUUGAAACACCCAGGUGGCCAUAUGAAGAGGAGGAGCUUUUAAGUUAUAUAGACAAUGAAGAACUUCCAGUUGUUUUACUCGACCUGUUGGAAUCCGAGCACUCAUGUCUUUUUUAUUCAGGAUGUAUUAUAGCUCAAAUAAGGGACUAUAGACAGGCAUAUCCGAGUUUCUUAUGUGAUACACACCAUGUGUUGUUAAGGCCCACAAAUCAGAGUAUAAUAACUGAUGCAAUGUGCAUUGGUAGUCGCUGUGGCUGGGUGGGUGAGGAGCGAGGGGCGUUGGAAGCAGUAGAAGCGGCACUUGUGAAUGCCGCAGCUCCACCAUUGUGCCUUGAACCUCGACCGGCUAUCGGUCUGCUUGCUGCUAGGUUACAUGCAGCACCGAGACUCUUCAAUACUCCGAGAAUACGGAGGCAGGCAAAAAAGUUUUCCCAGGUGGCUGUAAAUAGAAAACGAAAAUUAGAUCAAUUUACGCACUACCAUGGAAUAGAAUUGUUGGAAUUGAUACAUCGCCAAAGAGCUAAGAAUAGUAGGCAAUCAGUACCUCAUACGCGCCUCACUUCUAAGUUCCCGAAGAAACCACCAGAGGUAUUCAAACCAAUCGAACCUCCGAAAAUGGAUCCACUGCCUUUAGCGUUGCCUUCAGAACCGAACGGACCUCUCAAACUCGCCAGGGCCUACGAGCGGCCUCGGCCCACGCCCGACUGUCAGCCGCAACUGGUGGAAGAGUAUAUUCUAGAAACGGAGAGAAAUUCCGCCCAAGCGGGAGCGGGUUUCUUCCACAUAAAGCUAUCUAUACUCCAGCGGCCAUCAGAUCAAGAAUUUUUAGGGGAACUCUAUGUUGACAGAGAUCACGUGGAGGGAGAGAAAAAUGGAGCUGCAUGCCGUUUUGCCUUAGGAACACGACUUCAAGCCAAUAAAUAUAUACAACAGUUUACCGAAAUAUUUACAGAAGAAGGACGCAAGUCUGUUAGGAUAAAACAUAUUGUACCUGGUCAGUUACCUAGAGUAUCUUUUACCGGAGGCAUGAGAGAAAUGUCAUCACAGCAACUCUUACUACAGCAACGGAAUGCAGCGGCUGCGGCUGCGGCAGCGGCGGCGGCGGCGGCUGCGGCGGCCAGCAGUACCAAUGUUACACACGCCACCAGUUUGCCAGUUGUGACCUCUACGAUAGCUACGCCUAAUGUGCAUUCGGCGCCGAGGCAGUUACCAAUAUUGCAGGCACAACUACAACAGGUUGGCGCUGGCGUGACAGCGGUUGGCACUGUUGUGGGCGCAGUUGGCACGGUGGGCGCGGUUGGCACAGUGCCAGUGGGCAACGUCACCGCCGUUGGCAGCGUCGGCAGCGUCGUCAACGUUACCAAUGUCGCCAAUGUUGCCAACGUAGCGAACGUUGCUAAUAUUGCCAACGUCGCGAACGUGCCGACCCCGGUCUCAGUGGAAACACUGAAGCAACAACCGUCACCUAGCACGCCUAGACUUUCCCCACAGGUUCAUAAUGCUCACUCGGCGCAAGCGUCCACGAACCAAUUACUGGCUCAACAAUUGACUAACCCACCUCAACCACUAAACCCUCAGAAGAUGCAGUCGGCCAUUAUCCAUAUACAGAACCCACUAAUGUCCAACGCUGGGACGUCGCAGGUACAAAGCAUACAAUAUACAACAACUACAAUGUCGCAGCAAAAGGCAACCGUCACAAAACCGAGAGCAACGAAUCCGGCUAUUAGCGCGCUCGUCACAAGCCUCAUGAACUCCGCCCAACAGUUUCAGCAAGGUAAAGCGGCUGCCAAUCAGAAUGCGGCUAAGGCGACAGUGAGUACGGCGAACAGCAACGCGACGAUACUGAAUCUGCUGAACAGCGCGCCGGCGGCCAUGUCCCACAAUGAGCCGCAUGACGCGCAUAAGCUGCUGCGCACCGUGUCGCUCACCGGCGCGCGCCUCGUGCCCGCCUCCACCACCAGCCACACGAUACCUACGUACACGCAUCAGGUUAUGAGCUAUACCAGAGACAACGAAUCAACGAACGUGUCGAGCAGUGAGAGCGCGUUAUUGGAGAGGCUAAUGGGUGCGGAUACGGUUGCGGCAACCCCCGCGCAACAGCAAGCGCAGCCGCAACCGCAACAGCAGGCACAAGCGCAACCAGUAUGCCAUUUACAGGGUCUCAGUUUGACGUCACUUCAAGGGCUUCAAGGCUUGCAGGGUAUACAGGGUUUGCAGAACGUGCAAGUUCAGAUACCGGGCCUGUCGGCCCCGAUAUCGCUGUCGUUGAACGUGUCGGGCGCGCCGAGUGGCCUGCUAGUGUCGGUGCCGCCUACCACCUCCGUGGUGCUCACCAACCAACCAUCCGUACUCUCUUUACCUAUUGCUCAGCUGAUGUCUGGCGGCGUGAAGGGCGGCGUGCGCGGCGGCGCGCUGCAGGUGGUGCGCGGCGCGCGGCCGGCCCGCCUCGCCCGCCCCGCCCCGCCCCGCGCCGCGCCCGCACCCGCCACGCCCACAGGCACAACUCAAUUCAUUACGCAGGCACAGACGCAAGUUUUGAACGUGCACCAAGUGCGGCGGAAAUCGAAUGCGGACAGUUCAUAGUAAAAGCUGUAAUCUUAGCACUGCCAGUGUAUAUAGCCUGUACAUACUGCAUGUAGAUAAGUAUAUAGUAGUCACGUUAAAUUAAAA